AAGUGGCGAGGCCUCCUCCAGUCCAACCUUCUUCAUUCAUUCUGCAGGCGGAGUCCCCCUCUCACUCUGCCCUCAUCUCUUGCAACGCGCCCCCUCUCCUCUUCUCUCCUCUCCUCCCCUCGCCGCAAACCUUGCCCACGUCUCUCUCAGCUCACACGCAGUCACAAGGCAACGAGAAACACACUCUCCACCUCCCAUUCCUGUGGUUUAUACACGCUGGAGAGACGCUGAUAGGUCCGCUGGUAGGUUGGAAGGGGAUGGAAAAUAGAAGAUAUGCAAGAUUUAUCCAAGGAAACCAUUAACAAUGGACGGCACACUUUGAGGGACCUUGCGCGGCGGGCGUUUGAUGUGCCCUUGAAUUUGUACAACUCCCUGCCAGAGGUAAAACUCUCCCCUCUGGUGAGGAAACUCUUCCUGAUCUCUGUGGUGGGGGCGACAUCCUUCGCCAUUUUGGCCCAUCAGUUGAAACGAAAGCGCGGGAAGAAGAAGCAGGAAGACGAGGAAGAGGAGGUGCAGGAGGUGGUGACGUUGCAGAUGCCAUGGGAGCAGGAACUCUUUAUUCCAGACUUUUCCAGGACGGCAGCAUCGGAGAAAGGUUCGAGUUGCGCCAGCAGUCGGCAGAACCUGAGCCUGUCCUUGCAGUCGAAGGGUUCUCACUCUAACAACACGUAUCCGUCCGCCGGGCUGCUCAGCAGGUACUCCGGCUCUGUCCAGAGUCUGGCCUCGGGACAGAGUGUGAACUCCUCCCAGAGCUGUCUGUGCGCCGGAUCCAACCUGUGGGACAAGGUGGCAGAAGACAAUGAAAUCAACCUGGUGAACAUGCCGGUCACAACUCCAGAAAACCUGUACCUGAUGGGCAUGGAGCUGUUUGAAGAGGCUCUGCAGCGAUGGGAGCAGGCCUUGAGCUUCCGCAGCGGGCAGGUGGAGGAGGAGGAGGAGGCCAGCUGCACGGCCGUCAAACUGGGAGCAGGGGACGCCAUCGCCGAGGAAAACGUGGAGGACAUCAUUAGCGUGGAAUUCAUCCACAAGUUGGAAUCGUUGCUCCAGAGAGCUUACCGACUACAGGAGGAAUUCCAGGCCACUCUGGGUGCCUCAGACCCAGCUUCACUUGUCAACGAUAUUGACAGAGACACAGACAUCACUGUCAGGGACCCGGAGGACGUGUGUCAGAGGGACACCACCAGCAUAGCCUCGACGGACUCCUUCGUUUCAGCAGCCGAGUUGUCCGAGCACAGGGAUCACCGAGGCCCCACCUACGCCCUGGGAUCCUGGUGCCACUUGCCGCUUUAUGAGGAAGCCAUGCAUCUGGCGGAAGAGGGCAAGGUUUGCUGCCGAGCCUUGAGGACAGAGUUGCUCGAGUGUGUGGGUGACAGUGACUUCCUGGCCAAGGUACACUGUGUGCGGCAAGCUUUCCAGGUCAUUCUUUCUGAAGCCGCCAACAUCAAGUAUUUCGCAGAGAUGGGGAAAAAGAUCCUGUCUUCGAUAAUGAUUAAAGCACACAAGAAUCCAAAGAGGUUUGCCGAAGUCUUUGAGGAGAUGAUGUUCUUCCUGCAGCAAACGGAUCACUGGGAGACGACCAAACGGGAACUUGCAAACCGUGGGGUGAAGCACAUGAAUUUUUAUGACGUUGUUUUGGACUUCAUCCUGAUGGACUCCUUUGAGGAUCUGGAGAAUCCCCCUUCGUCGAUCCAGAACAUCGUUAACAAUCGCUGGCUAAAUAACUCCUUCAAGGAAACUGCCGUGGCUUCAAGCUGUUGGUCCGUUCUGAAGACCAAGAGGCAGCAGAUGAAGGUGCCCAAUGGCUUCAUUGCCCACUUCUACUGUGUGUGUGAGCAAAUCAGCCCGGUGCUGGCGUGGGGUUUCUUAGGACCCAGGAGCUCCCUCUACGAUUUGUGCUGUUUCUUUAAGGAACAAGUCCUCUUCUUCCUGAAGGACAUCUUUGACUUUGAGAAGGUGAGGUACACCAGCAGGGAGAGUCUAGCAGAGGACAUCUUACACCUGAUCCAGCGUCGCACCGAGCUGCUGAUGGCUUACCUGGGGACUGACAGCCUGAGACAUCUGAAUGGGGGGAGUCUCAAGGAAGCACCUACCCUUGGCCAAAGAUGAUGGGACAAGUUGCACGGUGCCUAUAAUUCAUGAUAGACUCAGGGAGGUUUCCAAUGGAAAGUAUCCGGGAUUUUUUGUAGACUCUUGGUGUUGCUGAGGGAGACCAAGUCCAGACCGGUUGCGUACUUGGAAAUCCCGGUUGCGAUUCGGAAAGCCAUUUCAUUUUGGCCAGGAGGUAUCCUUACAAUUGUAUUACCUGCAAUAAACUGUGUGUGACGUUG